AUGCCUUCGAAUUGGUUCCCUACAGGUACGGGCGAAAAUGGGUGGAGGUUGGAUAUCGUUUCUCUUUUGGCCGUCAUUGGCGAGAGUUCCAUUGAAGAUCAAUCGCAAACCCUCACAGCCUCAUGGACCUGCAUGCUUCCUCGGAUCAUCCCUGCGCCGCAGGUUCUCCUCAAAUCUUCAAGGCCGACUCGGAUGCCCUGCCAUAAUGCCGCUGUUGUGGGUGUACACAACGGGACCCUAGUUCCCACAUUGAACUACUUCCCGAAUAUCAUGCAUCCUAUCGAGGACCUGACGCCGUUUGUGUUCAAGGUCCUGCAAAUUACGCACAGAAAGAAGAAAGAACCCACGAUGUCAGUGAAUUCAGAUGAGAGUCGAUCAAACAAUAGCCCGGCAAGCUUGGAUCUUGGGAUGAUUGAAAACGGGCCCCUAACACCUCUUGAGCGUCGAACCGCAAAGAAACUCACUCAUGCCACAAAGCUGGACAGGGGAAAACCUCGAGUGCCUCCCCAAAGGUUCUCGCCGCUGAAAAUCCUCUCUGUAGGAUCAUUCUUUGUCACUGUAGGGCUGAUAAUCGGGGCUGCCUUUCUGAAGGACGGGACUGCAAUCGCUGCUGUUUGCACCAUCUCCAUGGUAUCUUCCAUCGUGGGCUAUGCAUCCUGGUGGCAGCCCGUCCUCAUGAAACGUUCAUUCAAGUCUCGAGUUCCAGACGGCGACGUCGUGAUUCGCACCCGAGAAGGGGCGUUCCUCCUCGUCCGGUGCAAUGAAGACGUAGCACGCGAACUCUACACCGGAACGGAAGAGUGCCAGUACCACGUCGGUACCCGGAUGUACCGUAUGUACGUCGGUUUCGGCACCUUUCUUCUCAUGGCUUCUGUCGUUCUGAUGGGCAAUUGCGAGUUCGCUAUGCAAGCUGCUAUUGGUCUCUCUUACAUCAUCUUGAACGGCUUGUUCUGGGCCGCGUCGCUCAUCCCGGACGAUGUAUUCUGGGACCUCUCAAACUACGAGUGCAAAGAUAUCACUCCCCCCGACGCCCAGGAAGCAGACCGGCCUCAAGAUGAUACCCUUGAGGGCCGACCCAGCUUCACACGGACAGUAUGGUACGCCAUCAGGGAGACGAAGAAGAUCGGGUGGAUCACCCGGGGCGGAGUAGCUCCCAAGACAGACCAGUGGGAUGCUUGGCUUAGAGAAGCGGAGCGGAACGCGAUUCUGGGCAACAGAGCAUGGAAUGCCGUUGAGAUGCGAGAGAAGAUGGUUGGGCAGGCUGAGCUUCCGGUGCAGAACAAGCAUGAUCUGGCGGAGCAGCAUGUUCCUGCUAUGGAGGUCCCAAUCACGGAGAAAAGGUAG